CUCCAACUCUCACACCUCUUCAGCUUCCCAAUUCUCUAGAACUCGCUUCUUGACUGAAUCGCAUCCUCAGUCGCAAACAUGGCGAGCCCAGCAAACCUUCCUGCUAUCUUCAAUCCCACGUCUCAGGACAUUGAAAUGCUCCUGGCGGCACAAUGUCAUUUGGGAUCUAAGAACUUGCAGGUGCACAUGGAACCAUACCUCUGGAAGACUCGACCUGACGGUGUCAAUGUGAUCAACAUCUCAAAGACCUGGGAGAAAAUUGUCCUCGCAGCCCGCAUCAUCGCCGCAAUUGACAACCCGGCCGACAUCUGUGUCAUCUCUGCUCGUCCCUACGGUCAACGUGCCGUGCUCAAGUUUGCUGCACACACUGGAGCCGUCGCCAUUGCUGGUCGUUUCACCCCCGGUAACUUCACCAACUACAUCACCCGCUCCUUCAAGGAACCUCGCUUGAUCAUCGUUACCGACCCUCGCACCGACGCCCAAGCUAUCAAGGAAGCUUCCUACGUCAACAUCCCAGUCAUCGCUCUCUGCGACACUGACUCUCCUACCGAGUUCGUCGACGUUGCCAUCCCCACCAACAACAAGGGUCGUCAUGCCAUUGGUUUGAUCUGGUGGUUGUUGGCUCGUGAGGUUCUCCGUCUUCGAGGCACUCUCGCUAACCGUGAGGUCGAGUGGGAUGUUGUGGUCGAUCUCUACUUCUACCGUGAUCCUGAGGCUGAGGAACAGAAAGAGGAGGAGAAAGUGCCAGGUGUUGAAGAAGCUGGCCCAGCUGCGGUUGACCGUGGCUUCACAGACAAUGCGGAUUGGGCUGGAGAGUCGGGUACUGCGCCAGGUAUCGAGGGCGCUCCCCAGGCUGAUGCCAACUGGAACGACCCCGGCACCGGUGGUGGUGACUGGGCCCAAGAGACUACUGCUGGCGCCACCGCUGCUGCUGCUGUCGCCGCUACCAGUGCCAGCGGCUGGUAAAGAGGCAUCAAAGCCAUCAAUCGAAAAAGUACUAUGCACAAUCUACAGCUUCAUCAACAACCACCAGAAGAAAACAUUCUCCGACAUCCACCUGCUAUCUUCAGAGAAAUCUCGCAAGGUCGAAAGUCAACGGCACUCAUGAGGGAAAGAUACUCAACUGGGAUCAUUCGUUCUUCCUGGAAGAGGGAAAGCCCUGUGCUGGAGAUGAAGGGAUUGUACUUGAUCGUUGCCCAGCCUUGUGGAAGAUGAGUCUUGUGACCUGAGUUUCAUCGAGCACAAGUCCAAAAGAAUAAGAUAGAACAAAAACACAGCAAAACCUGCACUGCAUACACUUUCUCAUUGAGUACCUUUGCUUUUCCCGCCCUGCAUGCCAAGAAGUGUAGCAGAGUCCUAUCUAGAAGCCAAAGCAGGGCCUGGCGAAAGAGCGCCGUAUUUCUGUGUUACCAGGCUGAGACACGCAUUCGCGCGCAAUCUUCGCGGCCGGUCACGACAAGCCUUUCUGAG